CUUUACUUUCGGUGAGGUGGUGUUCAUUUUGGAAUCAAAACAACUCCAACACAGUUGAUAACAGAAAUGUCUAAAAAGGCUAAAAACAUCCGCAAAACCCGCGGUCAGGAUUUCGAUCAAUCAGGAAAUUCUUCAAGUUGCAGCAACAACUCAUCCAGUGGAUCCGGCGACCUAAAAAUCAGAAGAAAACACAAAUUACGUCGCAGAUCUGGCCGGAAUGUUUCAUUUUGUUAUCAAGCGUUGCCCAUGCGCAUAGUUGGGGAUAACUCGGAGAUAACACCCGAUAUUCCCUGCUCUUCCCGGGAUAUAACUCUCAAUUCCGCCCAUAUAAUCGAAGAUAGUUCCGAUUCGGAGUUCCACAUUUCAAACGACACCAGUAACGAUGAGCCGGCCAACCAAUCCAUAACUUUUGCAGCACGACCCAUAGAAAAACCUGACUUGGAGUUCAUAAAAAAACUACGCAAGCCUAAGCAACGUAAAAACAAAACCCUGUAUAAAGAUUAAAAACUUAUUUCAAACAAUAACUGCUGACCAGGGCUGCCUAACCCUAAUGCGCUGGACCUACGCAACACUGCCACCACCAAAACCAGGGUUGGCUAGUGCGUUUUUUGGAGUAGGCAAUUUUUACGAGCAUAACUAUUUACACUGAUUUUAUGUAAAUAAAACAAAGAAAUCGUAGAAAAAUUAAGUGCAAAGUAACCAUACACCAAAAAAAAAAAAAACUUCGACAUUAGCAACAACUGUGUUUUGGCAUUUUUAAUCACAGCAAUUAAAAACGAAGCAGCUUAAAAACA